AUGUGUGCGUCCGAAGAGCAUGAAAAAGGAAAGGCGCUUGGAGGCGAAGCGUUUGAUAAAUACGGUGCAAAGAUAGGCAACAGCGUAAAACUAUCUAUCUAUCUAUCUAUCUAUCUAUCUAUCUAUCUAUCUAUCUAUCUAUCUAUCUAUCUCAUUCUUUCUUUCUAUUUUCUUUCUAUCCACUUCUGUUUAUAUCUAUCUAUCUAUCUAUCUAUCUAUCUAUCUAUCUAUCUAUCUAUCUAUCUAUCUCAUUCUCUUUCUUUCUCUCUCUUUCUUUCUUUCUCUCUCUUUCUAUCCCAUUCUAUCUAUCUAUCUAUCUAUCUAUCUAUCUAUCUAUCUAUCUAUCAACUUCAUGUCUUUUUUUCUCGUUGUUUUCUUUCUUCCUUCCUUUCUUUCUUUCUUUCUUUCUUUCUUUCUUUCUUUCUUUCUUUCUUUCUUUCUUUCCAUCACUCUGGCUGUUAUCUAUCUAUCUAUCUAUCUAUCUAUGAUCACCGUUGA